AUGGAGAAUUGGUUUCUGUGGACCCUGCUCCUCAUCAUCUUCUCAAGAACUAUGGCCCAAACAGAGAACUCCGAGGAGGAAAAUGAAGGACAACAUUUUCCAGCUCACUCCUUAUACAAAGACCUCCACGGGAAAGUAUUCCUUUUCCCAAGACCGUCGGCUAAUUCCUACAUGACUCUGAGUCCGCUGAUGGACACAGAGCUGCAGGGUUUCACUGUGUGCCUGUGGGUCUACACAGAACUGACUCGUGGCUACUCCGUGUUCUCCUAUGCCACUAAAGCUUCUCCCAAUGAGAUCCUCCUCUUCAGGGAUAGAGUUGGGCAGUACAGUUUGACCAUUGGCACAGAAGAGGUUACCUUCAAGGUGCAGGAGCCUCCCCUUACCCCAAUAAAUAUCUGUGCCACUUGGGAAUCAGCCUCAGGGGUUGCUGAGAUGUGGGUCGAUUGGAAACCCCUGGUGAGAAAGGUUUUGAAAGUAGGAUAUACCUUGAGUGCAAAUGCCAAGAUCAUUCUUGGGCAGGAUCAAGAUUCCUAUGGGGGUGGGUUUGAUAUAAAUCAAUCCUUUGUUGGGGAGAUUGGGAAUGUGUACAUGUGGGAUUAUGUGGUUCCACUCCAGGAUAUAAAGACCAGCUAUAGUAAAGCCAAUGUCCUAAACUGGAAGAAAAUGAACUAUGAGGAGAAGGGCCAGGUAAUUAAGGUGUCCCAGCUGACAAUCUGA